ACAGCACAUUGUACGAGCCCUGUUGUAACGAACGACUCUAUAAAUACAAGUGGCGGGCGCACCACACAAGAGUGUGUGAGUGGACGCCAUAGUAGCCAAGCGCGGGAGUAUUUGACAUCGCCGCGUUCGGAUACACUGACCAUGUUUGUUAUCAAGACGCUGUUGUUCUGCGCAGUAUGCGCCGCUGCGUCCGCGCAGAACUACCAGAGCACGACGCCGGUGCCGAUCCUCAAGCAGAUCAACAAGCAGAACGAUGACGGCUCAUACAGCUUCGGCUACGAGGCCGCCGACGGCUCCUUCAAGAUCGAGACCAAGUACCCCAACGGAGACGUCGCCGGGAAGUACGGAUAUGUCGACGAGAGUGGCAAAGUUAGGGAGGUCUCCUACGGGGCCAGUAGCCAGCGGGGAUUUGAACCUGAAGGCACUGAUAUAAGGGUUCCACCGCCAACACUCCACGACCCAGCGUCCACCAACGCGCUGACCGACGGCCAAGAAGACGACGGCCAGUACCGAGAGGACCCCAGGAUAUACGAAGACCCCAAAUACAACGGGCGCAGCAAAGCCAGGCCCAGCUCAUUCAGAUACGAGCAAGAGCCGCAGCAGCAGCGCUUUACCUUCUCCUCUCAACCGAAGAAGUACCAACAGCAGUACCAACCACAACCCCAGUACCAACCUCAGCCACAAUACGAACCGCAACCUCAAUACCAACCUCAGCAGCCUGCGUACCAACCCCAACAACCAGCAUACCAACAACAAACCAGCCUCUUUAACCAAGCUCCACAACAGUUCUCCCAACAGCAAUACAAACCGCAAAGUCAGGUGUUCCACCAACAACCCCAGUUCUCCUACCAAUCUUACACCCCACAACCUAACUACCAAAACAACCAGUACCAGAACUACCAGAGGCAAAACUACCACCAGAACUUCAAUCCCUUCUCAGGACACCCAGCACAGAACUUUGACCCAAGCACGGGAUCCUACUCUAUUGAUUUCACUGGCAAAUAAGAUUGCUCAUUGUUUUAGUAAUUGCUGUAAUUUUACUAUAGGUAAGUAGUGUUAGUAAAAUCUAAAGCGAUACAAGCAUAUUUUAAACAAAAGCAAAAUAAAUAUUCCAUUUUUUAAUAAAUCAAUUUUUAAACUUUUCUUAAUUUCUCGUGAAGCCUUCUGUGUGCUUAUGAGUUUUAAUAACAUUAAAACUCAUUUAAAAUGAAUUUUUAUAAGUCGUUUCAAUUGCUAGCGUCAUCUGAUUUAAUUUUUUGUUUUUAAUUCUUAACUCUCUAAAGUUGUCACUGGUAAAACUGUCACUGUUAAUAAUAUAAUGUCUUAUUUGUCUUUUUAUCUCUAAUCUGACUGCUGAUAUUUUUACUUUUAUACUUUUAUUUUAUUCGUCUACUUUCCUUUUACGUUAUUAAUACUUUAAUUUUAUUGUUUAUGGUAUUCUUUGGUAUUGGUAGCGCGCAGGAGGUAUAGUCACUUAAACAAAUUUGUUCGUAGAGUUAUAAUUUUCAUUGCAAUACUCAAUUGUACAAUUUACAGAAUUUUAAAUAUAUUUAACUAAGUAAUAACCUGUAAAUAAUAGUGUGAUUUUUUUUUAUACUUUUGUAACAUAUACAUAAUAUUAUUAGUACUAGUCAUAAAUUUCAAAGUAAUCUAAAAGUAUUGUCUCAGUACGCUAUGCUUUAUUUAAAUUAUUUUUAUUAAACGGCUAGUAUAUUAUAUUAUCAAUUAUAAUUCCCAUGUAGGUAUAUGUAUGUAUCAAAUUAUCUUCUAUAUAUUUAUUGAAUUUAAUAUAUUUAUUUCAUUUUAUAUACCAAGUAUGUUUCUUGUCUUAAAAAUCUUCAAAUAAUAUAUUUUUCUUUAUUCGUAAUACAUAUUUUCAUGUUGAAUAUUUUUUAUACUUCAGAUAUAUUUACCUAUUUUAUGCAACAUCUUUAAAUAAAAUAAAUAUUUAAGUAAAUAAUUAUCAUCUAUAUUUAUGUAUUUGAAAUGGGUUUUGUCUAUAUAUGUAUGGAUAUAAAUUUCCUAUUGUCAUUCGUAAAUUAUUUGUAAAAAAUUAUUACAUUCCGUACUUAUGUUUAUAAUUUGUAUAUAAUAAUUUAAAUUACUCAUAUUUAGUAUAUUUUUUUAAUUAAUUUAUAUGUAUUAGUUAUAGCAAAUGCAUCCAUUAUUAUAAACGAGUGCGGCGGUUGCGCAGGCGCAGGUUCAAAGAUGGCGGCUGAUAUACAUAAAACUGUCUACGUGUGCGUGGUACUAAUGUGGUGAAUAAAGACUUACGUAAACAUC